AUGGAUGUCGUGGAGUCAGCACUAGGGUCCUUAGCGGCUGUCUUUCCUCUUGCUGCUGAUGCCCCCGACGCUGUAGCGACAGAAACAGAGGGGCCCUCAGCAGCAGCAGCAGCAGCAACAGUAGCAGCAGCAGCAGCAACGGCAGCAGCAGCAGACUGUGCUGCAGAGGAGACUCUGCAGCAGCAGCCGCUGCAGCGCAGACUGUCUCCAGACCUCUCAUGGUGGGCGCUACCACCAAACUACAGCAACCGAGAAGCAAAUCAGCAGCAGCAGCAGCAGCAACAGCAGCAGCAACAACAACAACAGCAGCAGCAGCAAGAACGAGAACGUUAUGAGAAAGAGGGGGACACACUGAGGCAUGAGCUAGGUUCGUGCAGAGACACCGAACAACUGCAGCAGCAGCAGCAGCAGCAGAAGCUUAAACAACAGCUCCAGCAUUGCCAGCACGAAGAACAGCAGCAGCAAGAGCAGCAGCAGCAGCAGCAGCAGCAGCAAUGUAAAACAGCAGCAGAACCACACCAGCGAACUCCGUCUACUCGCCGAUCGCGAGGCAGAGACGUAACCCCAGUAGCGCAGCAGCAGCAGCAGCAACAGCAACAGCAGCAGCAGCAGCAGCAGCAGCAGCAGCAGGCUGCGGCCUGCAAGAGGCGUCCUACCCCCAGUAUCUCCGAGAGCCUAGUAGAUCUGCUUCCUCGAAAGGAAGCAUUAGCUGCUGUUGCUGCUACAGCAGAUGAGGAGGUUGCGGAGGCAGCAGCAGCAUACACGAGAGCAGCAACACAAGCAGCAGCAGCAGCUGCUGCUGCUGCUGUCGCCUGUGUCUGUGAUGAGCAGCCCAAGUCGCUGCGCUCCUCUGCUGCUGCUUCUCGUGCUGCUGCUGCUGCGCUGCUCCAGACGCACCAGUCAUUGACAGCUUCAUCUGUUAGUUCUAUUGCUGCUGCUGCAGCAGAAGCAGCAGCAGCAGCAGGGGCCCUUCCUCUACCCCCUGCUGCUGCUGCUCUGAAGUUCACAGGCCCUACCAGCAGCAGCAACAGCAGCAGCAGCAGCAGCCAUUUGCUUCCUGGUCGGGAUGGGGAGGCGUGGACGCCUCAAACUCAAGCGAGCACCGAAGGAGAAAAGUCUGCGCAGCAGCAGCAGCAGCAGCAGCAACAACAGCAGCAGCAGCAGCAGCAGCACGAUGAGGACAGCAGUGCAGCAGAGCUGCAAGGGAUCAUAUCCGGCUUAGUCACUGCCUCUCCUUUUAUUACUGCUUCGCCUGCUGCUGCACCUCGAACAGCAGCAGCAGCACCACCAUCGGCAGCAGCAGCAGCUGCUGCUGCUGCUGAUGUGAAUGCCUCCCUUGCCUCUCCUAAUGCCGCUGACAGCAGCAGCAGCACCAACUUGCAGCUGGAGGAUGUCUGCAUGAUUGCAUGCAUGUGCAGCCGCAGCAGCAGCAGGAGCAGCAGCAAUAGCAAAUUCAAUAGGGGCACCCGCCGCAACUACAACAGCAGCAGCAGCAGCAACAGCAGCAGCAACAGCAGCAGCAGCAGUGGGCCCCUUUCUGAGCAGGCUGUUUUGAUGGUUCCAGGCGGUAGUGACGGCACGUGGCUGCUGCAGCACAGCAGCAGCAGCAGCAACAACAAGAACAGCAACAGCAGCAGCAGCAGCAGCAGCAGCAGCAGCAUGAGGUGUAGCUGUGGGGUUGGUGCAGCAGCACCCAGAGCAACUCCGCCUGAAGCCCCUCCCCUACCCCCUGCCUAUUGGCCUCAGCGCCCUGUGCUGCUGCGCGCUGUUGUGGAGCCCUGGAUGCUGCAGGCGCUGCAGCAGCAGCAGCAGCAGCAGCAGCAAGACGCAGAAAAUCACACGGAGGAUGCGAAGUACCGACGUGUGAGGUUUCGUUUCCCUCCGCCUCCGCUGGAGCUGCUCUCUGCGAAUCAGCCUGUCUCUAGAGCUGUGCAUUCGUUUGAGACGCCGUACUUCAAGGGAGCGAUGAUUGCAUGCGCCGCCGGAGUAGGAGAUAUGAAAGACUGUGGCCAUGGGGCACCGAAGGCUACUAUGAGGAUUUUGAUUCAGGGGCGUUUCCUUCACCCUUGGAGGUUAGGAGAGGUUUUAUCGGGUCAGGUCUUCUCGAGGCCUCUGCAGCAUCUCCCUCCCCGCUGGGUUGUCUCCUUGGGAAUCUGCCUGCGAGAGGAGGUCCUUGAAAACGGUUCUUACGACGAGGAUAUCUGUUCGGAUAAGGAGCCCUUCUUUCUAUCUCCCCUCGUUUGCCUUGCAGAUAAAAUCCACGUUGUAGACUCUGAGGAGGGGUCUCCUCCUCGUUUAGAGAGUUUAUGCUUUGAUGAAGACAGUAGUCUAUUGUUUGCAGGAGACAGCUCAUCUCCUUUGUCUAGUAAAGAAAGAAAAAAUAAAUUAUUAAGAAAAGAUAUUCUCUCUUCUUUGAGGUUUAACCCGCAGCAUAUUUAUACUAUGGAAUUCUCUCAAAAUUUCUUUUGGCCUUCAACUUAUCAGUUUGAUUUGGGUUUAUUCUGCAAGUCUGUGUCUCCUCUAUUAGACAGACAGCCGAUAGAAAUAAUGUCGUUAGUAAAUCCUCUUCUUAUUGAUAUACCCGAGGGUCUUUGCUGCUCGGAGGUUGUCGCCUUCACCGAGCGGUUGGAUCGUGCUGCUCGCUGA